CCGAUGCCCGGUGUGAUGAAGACGACACUGCAACAAUCAGAUCAAAGCAAAUUAUCAAAAGAAUGCGAUAAGUGUUACAUAAAUGUUUUUUUUUCAAUCAACAGCAAACACGGCAUUAAACAGUCGCUAGUGUCUACCUGAAUUGCCCAGCAGAACCAUUAGAUCUCGAGAACAAAUUGGAACUUCACGAUGGUGACACUGAUAGUUGGAAUGAAGACUGCAAAGGCAGUGCACCCGCUGUUGCGGCCAGCUACGCAAGCGAGGUUUGCUUCAACCAUGGACAAGGGGUCUAACUUCUUUUUUAGACAGCUAUUCGACACAGCAUCCAGCACGUACACAUACAUCCUGGGCGACAACAGCACGCGCCAAGCUAUCCUCAUAGACCCUGUCAUCGAACACGCAGAGAGAGAUGCCACGUUACUGACGGAGCUUGGGUACAAGCUUGUGUAUGCCAUGAACACACACAUGCAUGCCGACCACGUAACAGGGACGGGGAAGCUCAAAUCACUCCUACCGGGCGCCAAAAGUUUGAUUGGAGCCAACUCAGGUGCCCAAGCAGAUGUCCAUCUAAACGACGGAGCGACGGUUAGCGUUGGAUUGAUUAAGUUGCUCGCUUUGGCCACGCCAGGGCAUACAAAUGGUUGCCUAACUUACCUCUGGCACGAUCAGGCUAUGGCAUUUACCGGCGACACACUCCUCAUCCGCGGUUGCGGACGAACAGACUUCCAAGAAGGCUCAUCUGAAUCCCUAUACAACUCCGUCCAUACUAAAAUCUUCACCCUUCCCGACCACUAUACCCUUUAUCCCGCACAUGACUAUAAAGGACAGACGGCAACGACCGUUGGGGAAGAGAAAAAGUACAACCCUAGACUUACGAAGAAUUUGCAGGAGUUUAUCAAGAUAAUGGAUAAUCUGAAUCUGCCGUAUCCGAAGAUGAUUGAUAAAGCGCUUCCUGCUAACAGAGUAUGCGGUAUCUACUGAAAAGUGUGAUGAUAUGUAGUCUAAUCAACUAUUUCUUGUUGUUAUUGUGUCCCGUCAGCCAGGAGACAAUAUUAGCACAGUUUGUUAGACGGAAUGUUGUAUAACGAUCCACAAACGUGCUUAUUAGUGGUAGCUCAGUGGAAAGGCCUUAUAUCUACGACAAAAAUGCAUGUUUGGUUAUUUUAAUUACCUUUUUUUUUUUUCUACCAUUAGCCUACUUAUUAUUAUACGACAUCAAUAAAUUGAAAUAAUAACUAUUAAUAAUAAACUGACAAAUCAAUUCAAUUAAUCAUUUACCAAUAUAAUUAUUUUUGACGAUAUAUUCUUAGAUUUAGUUUUAAGAUUUGCGGUCAUUUAUUUUAUUUUAAUUUAAAUUGAUUACUAAUAAGUAAAUGUAAUUAGCCUAGAAAAAUAUUACUAUUGUGUGCCCUUACAGGGUGUCAUGAUCUGACUUUAUAUUAUGUAACACCUAUUAUGUACAUGACAAUACAAUAAAUAAAUGAUAAAUAAAUAAAUAAAAUCGGGGUUUUAAGAGUGACCCAGGAGAACGUAACCAUGGCAACAAGUGACAAGAAAAACUUGAUUUACCCAAAUUUAAUAAAUAUGCUAUCAAGAAUUACCUAUGAGUACUCUACAGAUCACUGUAAUCAACAACCAUCCCUAUUAGUUAGGGAAUAUAUAGUUCAAUGUGGGCCGAUUUUUAUUUUGUAGUUUUUUUUUUGUUGGAUUUCGAUAAAAUUCGUUGGUUUGAAAAGUUCCUGAUUCUGGGCAAACCAAAUGCGAAAUCACAUUAUAUUGUAAAAAAUAGGGAACUGACGAAAAAAAACGAAGAAAGGGAAUUUCUAUUUUUAUAAACGAUACUUUUAGCCUGUGAUAAUUCUAAGAAUUGUACGUUUUAACUAACUCAGAUAUGUAAUAUUAAUUUUAAAAGUAAAAAAAAUAAGAACAAGUCAACGUGUAUUAAUAUUAACAUUGAAUCAAGUUAGUUUUAGCAUUGUGUAACUAUAUAUAGUAGUUUCCUUUUUUUUAUAAGUUGGGAAUAUUGUGAAACCUAAACUCAAAGUUAUACUCUAAACUGGAAAUAGUAGAUUAAAUACAAGAAUAAAUAAUAACAAAUAAAAUAUUAGAAUUAAGAUAUUUUUACUACAGCUUGUUGUUUAUAUAAUUCUUUAUGUAAAUAAAAAUUAUGCAGAA